AUGAAGUCCACCACCCUCGCUGUCCUCCUCGCCGCCGCCGGCUCCAUCGAGGCCAUCACCGUCUCCCUUCCCUCCGGUGUGACCGUCCCCUCGGGCGUGACUUUGCCCACCGGUGUCACCGUCGUGACCGCCACCGCCUCCGCCGCCAACGGAAAGCGCUUCUUGCACGCCCUCGGCCACGACAAGCGCCACAACGUCGCUGACGGCGAUGACGACGACACCAACGCUAAUGCUGAUGCCGAUGGCGAUGGUGUUGAUGAUGCCCAGGAGGGCGAUGGCAGUGAUGGAGGCGCCGAUGAUGCCAAUGCUAAUGUGGAUAAUGCCGCUGGAGGUGACGACGCCAACGCUGAUGCUGCGGCUGGAGGAGAUGAUGCCAAUGCGGAUAAUGCCGCUGGAGGUGACGAUAUGAACGCUGAUACCGCGGCUGGAGGAGAUGAUGCCAACGCUGAUGCGUCCAGUGGCGAUGCUGCGAACGGCAAUAAUGCUGCGGGCGGUCAAGGGGAGGGGCAAGUUGACGCUAUCAUGGGCGGAUUUGCGAGGAAGUUGAGGGUUAAGCGGGAGUAA